CUGUAAUACUGACUUUUGGGACGCAGAUCUGGCAACCCGGGCUCCCUCUUGCUCACAUGUAGCCUCCAUUAGCUGAACCACACUAGCAGACUAAGUUCAAAAAUAAUAAUUAAAAUGCCCACCCAGAGUGUCCCAAUCCGAGACCCUGCUCUCUUCACCAGAUUACUGCAGCAGUAUUUACUCUUGUUAAAGAAAUAUCCGAUCAUCACCAAAUCUGUUACAAGUGCUGUUCUGUCUGCUUUGGGAAAUCUGCUCUCUCAAGCUCUGGAGUCCAAGAAAAAGCUGAAAGAAGGUCAGUCCAGGAAAGAGGUGGACGUUUAUGGACCAGUUCGCUUUGCUGUCUACGGGCUCGUCAUCACAGGCCCACUGAGUCAUUACUUCUACCAGUUGCUGGAGCUGCUGUUUCCGGCCUCGGCUCCGUUCUCCAUGUUGAAACGCCUCCUCCUGGAACGACUCGUCUUUGCCCCUGCUUUCCUCCUCCUCUUCUUUGUCGUGAUGAACACUUUGGAGGGGAAGUCAACCACAGACCUUCAGAAUAAGCUGAAAGCGAGGUACUGGCCUGCUCUCAAGAUGAACUGGAAAGUCUGGACGCCGUUUCAGUUCAUCAACAUCAACUAUGUACCUGUGCAGUUUCGGGUGCUGUUUGCCAACCUGAUCGCCUUGUUCUGGAAUGCCUACCUCACAUCUGUCAGGAACUGAAACCCCAGCGUCAAUGUUAAAGCAUGAUUACGUUGGUCAAUACUAAUGAAACCAGUAUGUGCCUUUAAAAGACACUGUACUAGAUCAGGUGUAUGUCUGAUUUUCGAAAAAAAUUUGGAUAAAAAGCAUCAACGACUGUUUUGUUAGAUAUCACGACCAGGAACUGGAAGAUGGCUUCUUCAAAAGCUCGCCAGCUUAAUUGCACAGAGUUAAUGAGAGACUGUAACACACACUCACUCUGCCAAGAUUUAUGUCAAAAUUAAUCGAGAAAUGUCAGGUUUCAUCAUUUUUGCACCUUUUUGUUAUUUGCAAAUGUAAACAUUUGUACUGAGUAUUAAUCUGUACAGUGUAUUUGUACUGAGUAUUAAUCUGUACAGUGUAUUAAUUCUUUUUAAUGCAGAUUUCUGAUGCAGUUCGAAGCAAAACAUCUGCACAGUCAAACAAGAUCAUUUUGAAGUUUGAUAGCCAUAUGAUGAUGAUGAUAUUAAUUUUAAUGCACUGAUACUACUGUGCCACUGUCUGUUAACACUGUCACAUUGUACACUGUGGUUCUGCACUUUUGUAAGAAUGUACAGAUGUUUAAUAAUAAAAAUAUAUAAUUUGACUCAUUAAACAA